UCGCGAAUUCCAUUGGUAAAAUCAAUGCAAAAAAAAAAAUGUAUUUUUAUCUCCUUUUUAUACAAGCUGAUAGAAAAAGACACGACUACACUCGGUGCGCAGUAACCCUUCCAAUGGAAUUCGCUAUAAUUUGGCGGGAAAAAUAUUGUCAUGGCCUCCGCACCAAAUAUAUCGAGUUUGAUAUUGGUGACGUCACGUAGUCGAGAUUUAUACUGUCGGGAAUUAUUCGUAUUCCCAGCUUACUAGAUUAUUUUAUUCUUAAUUUAUCAAAUUAGUGUUGUAGUGUUUCUAUUUCGCGACACGAAAGUGGGGACAUCUGAAGACACAAUUAGUAAGUAGUCCAUUAUUCUUCCUAUGGAAAGUGGUUGGUGUAAGGUGACGUGAUUUAGAAUUUUUCCCGCAUUUUUUUUUGUUCCUGGUUAGUUUUGUGCCUUCAUCCCAUCCAUCAUUCAUUCUUCAAGAAAUUGAGAUCCAGCUAGAGUUACAGGGAAAAUAAUGUUGUUUGUUGCCGAAUCCAUUUUCGGUUCUGGAAUCACUUUCCAAUACAAGAUAUGGCCGAUGACGACGUACGCUACAAAAUCCGAAUUCGAGACUCAGGAGGCAAAAGAUCAUGGCGGAAAUGGAAUAUUCGGACAUGUUCCAGAUCUUGAGAAAGCUCUUUUGGUAGGUAAAGAAGCGCAACAAGAAUCUAAUGAUGAUGAAAACACAAAUCCCGAAGGUCACUUGAACAAGCAUUGCGGAAUUCCUAAGGUAGAUGAUCGCUUUCUGUGUGUUAUAUGCGGUAAAACAUUUAAAAAGUGGAUUUAUCUUAGUCAGCACCUCGACCAGAUUCAUCUAAGACCUCGUUCCUUCUGCUGUGAAUUUUGCGGUCAGAGAUUCAAUCAAAACUCGUCCCUGAAGUCGCACAUCCAUUCGAAACAUAUUGAAACCAGAAAUUUUCUUUGUGAAAUAUGUGGAAGAAAAUUCACUACAAAAAUAACUGUGGAACGCCAUAUCAAACUGCACGACAAAAAAAUGAAUUCCGCAUAUCAGCAAUUAUUUCAGUGUGUUAUUUGUGACGGAGUUUUUCUAAACAAGUUUUCCUUAAAAAGACACCACAUCAACCAACAUAUCACCGAUUUUGUUUGGCCUUCUUGUGGCCUUUGUGGAAAAAUGUAUUACUCAACCGCAAGUGUUCGAUUUCAUAUUGCCAGAUUCCAUGGCAUCAUCUAGACUUAAUUUUAAGUAAAUACUAAUAUGUAUAAGUAUUACUGUAUUCCAUCAUCAUUAAGAUUCAAUUUUCAAAGUAAAUUUAAUAUGUAUAAGUAUAAUGUAUAUCUUAAACUAAUAUUAUAAUAAACGUUUCCAUAUACCUAACUACUUAGGUCUUAGGUAAGUUUGAGUAAUUUGAUUUAUAAUACCAUCGACCUGAUACUACUCAUUCUGAUCAGAACAAACUUUACAAAUAUGAAUGGUUUUGGAUCCAAUUUUUUGGAAGAAAAAGUAAAAUAAUCAGAAAGAUAAAUAAUUUACAAUGCAACAAUAUAUUUCAUUUAUAAUAUACCUACACCAGGAAGACACACAGGAGAACGUUUUUGUGAUAUCUCAGAAAGUCUGGAUAGCUUCAUUCUUUAGUAAUUUCUAAAUUUCCAAAAACAGUAGUUUAUAUAGAAAGAGCUAUAAAUUAUUAGUAGAUAUGGUCACCCAAUAUCUAGCAUUAUCUUACCUAGAUAAAUAACAAGUUUCUCCUUUCGAGCCGGUGCAGAUGAUUUUUGUUUGGUAACGCAAUGAGCAGCGGUUAUCACGUGGCUGGCCGAAAUCAGUUUUCCUGUCCGUGACUGAUCAAAGGAGUGGGCCUUUGCAGGACAGUACCGCACUGAGCAGAUCUUCUAGGUAUCGGCAUGGGAGUGGGUCUGGAAUUAGGUCGUUUACUUGUAAUGAGCGUUGGAAAAUCGCCUUGGUAAAAGUCAUCGUCAUCAUCAUCAUUAUCAUUAUCGAUAUUGCUUAGGGG